AUGGUUGAUACCAACGGUGGACGACAAUCUUUUUUAUCACCCGUAUCUGGUACAGUGACUAAAUUGUAUGUUCAUGAACUGGAUACUCUUUCGUAUGGUUCAGUCAUUCUGGAGUAUGAAGAAUGUCGACAUACGAUCACUUUUAAAAACCUGUGUAGUGAUUGUGGUAUCAAUUUGAAUCAAUUGAAAAAUACUUUGCCACCAUUAACAUGUAUAAAACCUGUCAUAUCAAUGGAACCUUCAUUUCCAACAGUAAAAAUUACUGUAGAAGAAGCUUUAAGAUAUGAUAAUGAAGAGCGUAAUUAUCUUUUGCGCAAACGUAAACUUCAUUUAUUGGUUGAUCUUGAUCAAACUCUGGUUCAUACGAGUAAUUCUAGAAAUCAUCAUCUGUCUUUACGAGAUGUGAUUACUUAUCAACUAAACACUCCAAUGCCACAAACAUUCUAUACAAAAUUACGUCCAGGUGUUAGAGAAUUUCUGAUGAAUCUUCAAUCACUCUAUCAAUUUCAUAUAGUUACUUUUGGUGAUCGACCAUAUGCACAUACUAUAGCUAAAUUAAUUGAUCCGAAUGGAACAUUUUUUUCUCAUCGAAUCUUAUCACGAAAUGAAUGUCUUAGUUUGACAGAUAAAACAGCCAAUUUGAGUAGUCUCUUUCCUUGCAGUGAUGCGUUAGUCUGUAUUAUAGACGAUCGUGAUGAUGUCUGGAAUUAUGCUCCAAACUUGGUUCAUGUCAAACCGUAUAUAUGGUUCAAAGAUGUUGGUGAUAUCAAUAGUAUACAUCUUUCAUCAUUAUCAAUCUCCCAUACACAAAUGAUUCCACAAAUUAGUGAACAAAUCGAGACUAACGAAGAAAGACAUCGACCAGGUGAAAAACGUAAGUUCGAUAACAAGAACGAUCAAUUAAGUAAAAGAUGCAAAGAACAAAACAAUUUCCAUGAAGUUGUGGAUACUGAUCUCUACUUACGCCAACUAGAGAUUAUUUUAAAACGUAUCCAUACAGUAUUUUAUACGGCUUAUGAUCAAUGGAUCCAAGAUAAACACAGGAUUAUGCCGAAUUUGAAGCAAAUUAUGCCUAAUAUUCGUCAACAAAUACUCAAUUCUGUAUCUCUGUGCUUCUCUCAUUUAAUGCCAAAAAACUAUCCAUUAGAAAAACAUCGUGCAACAAUAAUGGCUAAAAUGAUGGGAGCAACAGUUACUCAUGAUUUACAAUUUAAUUGCAAUGGUACAAUGCGAACGACACAUGUCAUUGCUGGAAAACAAACGUUGAAAGUCCAGCAAGCUCUACAAAAUAAUAUAAAAGUUGUCACACCUGAAUGGUUAAUUGAUUGUUAUGAACAAUGGGAAAAGAAAUCAGAAGAGAAUUAUAUUCUCCUGCCAGAUUAUGAUGUUUGCAAAUCACGAUUAUUCACUGAGGAAAUUCCUCGAAUAUCUAAACGACGUUAUUGUGAUAUACAGCACGAAGUAUCUGUCAUUCAACCAUCGUCUUGUGAUGAACAGAUAACAACUGAUCGAAAACGAUCUCAAACAAACAGCAGCAGCCUUUCAAAUAAUACUUCACCGAAAUAUUCAUCCGACCGUUGUAACUUCAAUACGAGCGCUGACGAAUGCUUUGGUGUGGAAAAACAAGUGAAUAAAUUAUAUAUUGAAGAUGAUGAUACUGAUGACAUAAGUCCACAACCAUUGAAACGGCAACGCACAGAGACAUCUGCAAAGAUGCUCGAUAAGAAAACGGACAAUAGCGAUGAGGCUGAUGAUGGUUUUGAUUCGGAUUCAUCUAGUAUGCAGGAGUGGCACGAUUUGAUUUUCGGCAAAAACGAUGACACUAGUUCAGAUGAAGAAUGUCUUGGCGAUGAUGAUGUACCUCGAGGUUGGAAAAAAGUCUACAAACAGAAACGCUAA